UCUAAACCGAUGCAGAUUAAUAGUGGCUAUGAUAACAUGUGGCUUCACUCUAAGAUUGAAAGUGUCCAUGAAGAUGGUAGUGUUGUUUUCACAGAUGGGAGUGUUGUCGUUGCUGACACCAUUCUUCACUGCACAAGGUACAAAUAUCAUUUUCCUUUUCUCGAAACCAAUGGCAUUGUAACCGUUGAUGAGGAUGACAACCGUGUCGGGCCACUGUUCAAGCAUGUCUUCCCACCUGCCUUGGCACCGUCGCUUUCUUUUGUCGGGAUACCAUCGAAGACCCUUCCUUUCCCCAAUUUUGAACUUCAAAGCAAGUGGAUAGCAGGAGUUUUGUCUAAUCGAAUUGCGCUUCCAUCUCAAGAGGAGAUGAUGGAGGAUGUCAAAGCUUUCUACUCUUCACUUGAAGCUUCUGGCAAACCUAAACGACAAACCCAUGACAUUGCUGAUUAUCAGGGCGAUUAUGCUGAUUGGCUUGCAGCGCAGUGUGGGAGCCCAGUCUUUGAAGAAUGGAGAAAACAAAUAAUGUUCGCAGUAGCAAAGAAUUAUCUAGUCCGGCCGAAGACAUAUCACGAUGAGUGGGAUGAUGACCAUUUAGUGCUGCAAGCUUAUAAGGACUUCUGGAAAUUCACCACAGAUGGAUCGAGUUUAACUUAUUAGCAGUGAUAUCAAAUGAUGUAUUUGCCAAAUGAAUCUGA